UAUACACUAUACCGUAGUUGUACAGUUGCCGUGCGCGUAACGAGCGAGUUGCGACGCCCGCGUCGCGUGUGUGCAAUACCUAUUCAAUAUAAAACAAUAUAAUAUUAUUACCGUGGUGUGCUACGCUAUUUGACCCCACCCCUCACCCCCCUCACCGGACGUCCGCCGAGUGUCAAAUCGAUCAAUACGAAUUUAACGAAUUUAAAUCGAAAAAAAAAAAAUUUCCGCUCGACCGCCGCGCAGCACACAGGACCCGACCGCGUACACGCUCGCACACCGCCGUCACGCAUGCCUAUACACGACAACAAUAUUAUAACAUCGUUAAAAUAUUAUUAUUAUUAUUAUUAUUAUUAUUAUUAUUAUUAUUAUUAUUAACAGUCGCGCGGCCACGGUCGUUGUGUUGCAGGGAUGCAGGGAGCGGUGUAAUAAUAAUAAUAUUAUCGCAGCCGCCGCCGCAGCGUCAGUCCGCCUGCUGCAGUCGUCACACUUGCGCGUCCACGACGAGAGCGCAAACCGCCGCACCACGAGCGACCAAUAAGACACGCGCAUAGACGACCGACGGCGAUUGGCGUGAUAAUAUCUUGUCCACGCGGGACGCACUACAGAACGGACGUCGUCCCGGCGGCGGAACCCGCGGCAUACCGGAACCGGAUACGAACCCGCGAGCGCGCCACACCGCCACCGCCAUGAACUGGUCGCGCCUGUUCUUCGUGACGGCCGUGUCCACGUUCGCCAUGACCGGCGUCUGCGGCUCGUACAUACUGGAGGACACGCCGCUCCACUGUUCGGUGCGGCGGAGCAUAUCGCCGUGCACGUGCAGCUACUUCACCGGCAUGGUCCGGCCCAAGAUCAUGGUCAUCUGCCAGAAGAUGGUGUCGUUCGAGAGCGUCAUCGGCGCGCUCCAGAACAAGUUCGACGCCGUGUUCGACUACGUGCUCAACAUCGAGUACUCGGAACUCCACGACCUGGACACGAGGCGGUUCAACGAGCUGGGCUUCCCGAUAGUCGACCUCAAGCUCACCAAAAACAAUCUCAGCACGCUACCGGAUGAGGCUUUCAUCGGUAUGAACAGGAUACGGAUCCUGUACUUGUCGGACAACAGGCUAUGUGCGGUGCCCACCCAGAUAUUCAAGCACAUGCCCAGUAUCGAGGUGUUGGACUUGGCUAGGAACUCAAUUCACAGCGUUGCCUCCGGAGACUUCCAAAGUCUAUCGUUGAUGAACACGUUCGUGAUGGCCACGAACAAUCUGACCGAUAUAACAAACGGAUCGUUCCCUACGACGUUGAGAAAAGUCCAAUUGGCCGCCAACAACCUGACGGAAUUAAAUGGAAAUUUGAGAAACCAAAAAGAACUAGAAUGGCUGUACCUGUCCAACAACCGGAUAAAAAAUCUCGACGGAGAAUUGCCAAUCGACAACGACAGACUCAUAGUCUUGGACGUGUCCAAGAACAGCAUAACUCAUUUACCACCAGAACUCAACUGCCUCAAGGCACUGAGGUAUUUUUACUGCGCAUUUAAUCAGUUGACCGGUCUGAACAAAACGCUGUCCAAGUCGAAAAAAUUGGUUUGGCUUGAGCUCACCGGCAACAAGAUACAAGAGUUGGCGUCCGAUGAAUUCGAAGAAGCAUCGAUGAUCGAAGUGUUAGAACUGAGCAACAACUGCAUCAAACACUUGAACAAAUCGCUGUUACCACUCACUCAACUAUCCGAGAUCAAUUUGUCGUACAACAAAAUCGCCGAAUUCUCGUUGGCCGAAAUCAAGGGAUUGAAGGAACUCAAGUUGGUCGAUUUGUCGCACAAUACGAUUUCCAAACUCAGUGGCCACUCUGAGAUUAUAAGCGAACCAGUGACUGGAAUCGAACACUUGAAGUUGGACCACAAUGAGUUGGAGUCGCUCGGCGGAUCGUUGAUAGGCAUCAAGACACUUGUCAAACUGAACAUCAGUCAUAACAAAUUCACCGACAUAUCUCCGUACGAUCUGACCGGAUUAAAUUUAAAAAUUCUAGAUGUAUCUCACAAUCUGUUGCACAUACUCCCAGAUUCGUCUCAGAUUCAUCUGCCGGCCCUCGAGACGCUAGUAGCAUCGUAUAACGUUUUAACCGGACUGUCCAAAGAGUUCCAAGGAUAUCCCGUGCUUUGCCACGCCGACCUCGAGUUUAACAGCAUAAUGACCAUCCAGGAAGAGCUAGUCGAAAUGACCCAAUGCAAAUUGCACGGAGUGAAAAGCACUUUGAGAAUAUACUUGGAAGGAAACCCGGUGCUGUGCGACGACAACACGAAAAUCAUAACUAAGGCGAUGGAGUUGAACCACAACGCGGAAGUCAGCGGCACCGCCAAGUGCAUUCCCGUGACAAACGACAUAAAAAUAUCUAACCUGACCGAGAUCGACCAGUCCCCGAUCACCGUGAUCGUGACCUGAAGGUGACCCCGCAUCGUUGACUAUACGCGUAUUAUAUCUUCGAAUUAAUAUAUAUAUAUAUAUAUUAUUAUUAUAUUAUUAUGUUUCCGUGUUAAUAUUAUAAUUAUUAUUUAUACAAUUUCUAUAUUAAUUGUUUUUACUUCUCUGUUGAUUAUAAUAAUAAUAAUAAUAAUAAUGAUAAACUAUUUUAUUUUAAUACUUUUUUCUCGUCGGACCUGCAAUGCUACGAUAUUAAUAUUAUUAAAACAUAAUAUAAUGUUAUGUGAACAACGCGCGUGCGCCUCGUGACAAACCUUAGAACCCCUAAAGGUUAUAGGUAUAUGCAUGUUUAUAUAUAUAUAUAUUAAUACGAUUAUUAUAGAUAACUACUUUUGUAAACGAACCGUAACGUAUAUAUUAUAUGCUCUGUUCACACACAGUCGUCUAGUCUAGCUUAUAUCGCGACUGUAUAAUAAUAUUUUUUGGAUAUAUAUAUAUAUAUAUACAACGGUAAUAGUCUUAAUAAUAACAAUAUUAUAUUUUAUAUUAUUAUAGUAUUAUUGUUAUCAUUUUUAUCGUCAUCUCCAUCGUAAUUAUUAUAUUGUUUAAGAAUAAUAAUGUGUAGCGGUACUAUAGCGUUGAGAGGGCUUGGAUCGUAUAUUAUAGUAUAUAGGUAUAUUACAUAAUAUAUAGUGAGUGUUUUGAUUAUUAUUUUUUUUUUUCUUCACCUUUUCCUGUAUGGUAGGGUGUUCACUGUUCAUAUAAUCGUGUCACUCCGCUUGGAAGUUUAUUAAAAAAAAAAAAAAA